CCGGAGCUGGGGGCUCGGGGACCUCGGAUCGGGCCCGGGCGACGAGGGCAGGAUCUCCGCGGGGUCUGAGCGCGGCCCGCUGGCUCGGGGGCUGCCGGGAGCCGGGACGCCUGGUCCCGGCGGCUGCAGACGGAGCUCCCGCACGACCUGCGGAAUGGGCUCGCGGAGACUGGGGGGACCCAGGGGGUGUUGGACUGCCCUGCACCCACAGCGAGCGGUGGGCAGUGCGGGCUGGGAGCGGAGGGGGGGGUGUGCUGGGCGGUGCUGGCCCCGCCUCCAUGCCCCGCCCAGGGGCGGUGCUAACGUGGGCCCCGCCCCUAGGGCCCCGCCCCCAGGGGCACUUCCGGCAUCGCGGAUUCCGGGAGCUGAGUGCGUGCGGGAGCCGGCCGCCCUGUGGUCGCCCGCAGGCCCCAUGAGCGCGGCGCCCCUGGUGGGCUACAGCAGCAGCGGCUCCGAGGAUGAGGAGGAGGCCGAGGCCGGGGAUCAGGCCGGGCCGGGGGCUGGAGGCCGCCCUCGGCUCCAGAGCGCCCUCCCCAGCCAGAGGUGGCCAGUGCCGGACAGUGUGCUGCACAUGUUCCCCGGCUCCGAGGAGGCCCCUGAGGACAACAGCGCAAAGCACGGGGGCCGGGUGCGCACCUUCCCCCACGAGCGGGGCAACUGGGCCACCCACGUCUACGUCCCAUAUGACGCCGGGGAGGAGUUCCCGGACCUGCUGGACGCGCUGCUGCCCCACGCACAGACCUACGUGCCCCGGCUGGUGAGGAUGGAGGCCUUCCACCUCAGCCUGUCCCAGAGCGUGGUCCUGCGGCACCACUGGAUCCUGCCCUUCGUGCAGGCUCUGAAAGAGCGCGUGGCCGCCCGCCCCAGAUUCUGCUUUAGAGCCGACCGGGUAAAGAUUUAUACCAACGAAGAGAAAACCAGGACCUUCGUUGGGCUGGAGGUCACCUCCGGCCACACCCAGUUCCUGGACCUGGUGUCCGAGGUAGACAGAGUCAUGGAGGAAUUUGACCUCACCACGUUCUACAAGGACCCCUCCUUCCACGUCAGCCUGGCCUGGUGCGUGGGCGAUGCUCGUCUCCAGCUGGAAGGCCAGUGCCUGAGGGAGCUGCAGGAAAUCGUGGACGCGUUUGAAGACUCCGAGCUGCUGCUGCGUGUGCACGCCGAGCAGGUCCGCUGCAGGUCCGGGAACAAGUUCUUCUCGGUGCCUCUGAAGUGAGCGCCCGAGGCCCUCCUCGUCCCAGGUCCCCAGGUCCCGGCACAAGCCGGGGAGAGGCUGAGGAGCCAGCCUGGGAGGCCCGGUGGCCCCCGGGCCUGGUCCUCUCCCGGCCCUUUCGGCUCGCAGGUCCAGCGCUGCUGUGCCGUGGUCGUUCCC